UCCCCCUCUGCUCUCCCUGUCUGCAAUCAGUCUCAUCUGCUCCACCUGUUUCCCCUGCUCUGCUGCACUAUCAGCAGCAUGCCACUCACCUGUCCUCCAGCAUUUACAUUCAGCCUGCUGACAGGCAGACAGUGCCAGAUUUUUGAAAGCAUUCCAGCAAGUAGAUAUCCAGCAUUUUUUCCUGCCUGACCAAGACUUCUGACCAUGUUCUUGCUCCCCUGAUUACCCCUUUUGCCUGGACCUCUUGGGAUGACACUCGUUCUGGCCUGGUUCUGUCUCUCGACUUCUGCGCCUGCCUCGGCCCUAGAUUUGUCAGCCUAAGCCAGUCCUUACCUCCUCCUGCCUGGACUCCCUGUGUUCACCUGGUCCUCUGACAAAUGGUCUGUUUUGGACUUCCUGGUUCUCGCCCAGCUUCUGGUCUGACCAUUACCCUGCUGUGGAGCUGUUCCCUGGUCCCCGCCCCUCUUGGACCCUGAGAAGAAGGAUUCUUCAUCCAAGCCAUCCGUGGCCGAGCUAGCUGGAAAGUUAAAGGGUCAUAUUUUGCCAAUGCCCAACUCAAAUGAUGAGUUGUCUUUUCGAGGAAGACCUCCUUCUUCCCUAAAGUUGCGAAAUCCUUCCCGAGAUAAGGAUGUGUCAGAUAAAUCUGUCUCUCCCAACACCUUUAAAACAAAGAACUCGGCCAUCAUCGACAAACUACAGGCCAACCUCGCUCUGUCACCCACAACUCUGCUGCCUUCACCUAAGGGUCCAGAUGUGAAGCUGCAGCCAGCACAGUUGUCCCCCUCCACACCCUGUACCCCUCCGAGUCCUACCCUGCAACCACCACACCUGUCCAGUGAGGAUGAGGAUCCUGUUAGUUUCGACAGUCCUCCUGAAGGAACCCCGCUGCCGAGUUUUAAUAAGACCCGUGCUCGAUUAUCAUUCAAGAGGCGUCCGCCCACGAGACAGCACAGAAGGUCAGCUGGAGAAGAGGUGGGAAGCCCUGCGAGCGAGGUGUCCCCGUGUGAACUGGAUAGCCCGAAAGAAAAUGGGGACAAAGACCAGGUGAUCGAGAAUCUGAUGGAGGAAGCUGAAUUUGGGCAGCUGGGCAGUGUAAAAAAAGAAGCUGAAAAUAGAGAGGAAGACUGUGAAAAGAUUGAGGCUGAGGUGGCAGCGAGUGACCCAGACGACAGAGGGGAUCUGGAGAAGGAAGCGGAACAAGACAUACCUGCAGAGGCUUUGCAGGAGGGACAGGAGUAUUUACAGCCUGAUGAGCAGAUGGAGGGCAAUGUUAAGACAGAAAAGGGGCAGGACUAGACGCCUCAGGUGGCAAAACAAGGAGAAAAUGACAUUAUUUGAACUAUAGAAGUGUUUCUUUCUGGAAAGAGAACAUACAAAUAAGUUUAUCAAUGCUUUCAUUAAGAAAACUACCCUACUUAAAAGUUUAUCUAUUUAAAAUAUCUUGGUCCUGCUCUUCCUCUUCUGUCGCCCUCUACUGGCUGUCUUCGAAAACCGGUAUUUCAGGACUGGGGAGUUGAGAGAAGCCACUGUUUGGAAAACAGCUGCAGUUGAUGCUUAUCUAUGAUCAUAGAGAUUAUUUGUUAAAAAUUUGCAAAACGCUUUUUUGCAGAACAUUCUUAAAAUUGGUCCAAGACUUUAAAAUGAGUUCAGAUUCUCUUCUGUGGUCUGUCAUGUAUGCAGCGCACUGAAUAUUAUUAAAUAUUAAGCUGGAUAAAUGCAAAAAUACUAGAGAUUACAGUAGAGUUCUAAUUUUGUACAUAUAUAUAUAUGAUAUUAAACUAAAUCACUUUAAAUUGAUUUCUUAUUUUUCUUAAAUAGUACUGUAUAUGCUGGUUUGUCUCAGUUUUACUUGUGUGCAACAAAAUGUACAGAUGCUAUGACCCUUAUAAAUAUUAAAGUAAAUUACUUCUAUAACAAAAAA